AUGAAACCGCCCUAUGAUGUCCAUAUGGAACCGCCCUGUGAUGUCCAUUUAGAACCGCCCUGUGAUGUCCAUUUAGAACCUCCCUGUGAUGUUUGUAUGGAACCGCCCUGUGAUGUCAGUAUGGAACCUCCCUGUGAGGUCCGUAUGGAACCGCCCUGUGAAUUCCGUAUGGAACCGCCCUGUGAAGUCCAUAUGGAACCGCCCUGUGAUGUCCAUUUAGAACCGCCCUGUGAAGUCCGUAUGGAACCGCCCUGUGAAUUCCGUAUGGAACCGCCCUGUGAUGUCCUUUUGGAACCGCCCUGUGAUGUCCAUUUAGAACCGCCCUGUGAUGUCCGUAUGGAACCGCCCUGUGAAGUCCGUAUGGAAUCGCCCUGUGAUGUCCUUUUGGAACCGCCCUGUGAUGUCCAUUUAGACCAGCCUUGUGAAGUCCGUAUGGAACCGACCUGUGAUGUCUAUUUGGAACUGCCCUGUUCCCUGUGA